CACGUUUAUUUGUUCUUUCUUCCUUCCUUUUUUAAUUUUUUUUUUUUAAUUUUAUUUAUAAAUGAUGUAUACAAAGCUAUUAUGUAAAAGAGGGCCCAUGUGAGCUUUAUUCACUAUUGCCCCUUUAAGAGCUCGGGCGCCUUGAAACCGACGAGUUCCAUGUUUGUAUCUUGAAAUUGAGAGCAGAGCUGAACUCCAUGUUGUAACAAAGUUGCUAUUAAGAAACGAAACUUUUUUUUUUUAAGUAUUAUUUUUUUAUUAUUCAUUUUCUUUGUUUUAUUCCAGACAGAACGGAACCUUCUACAUCUCGUGGGGUGUGCGGAUGAUGCAUUUCCUGAAGUGCUGUUAGGAUUUCUGGGGCGCUUAGUGUGGGGAAUUUUGCUCGCUUGUGUGUUUAGAAGUUUAGAAAGUGCACCAGUGCGGGAUUUUGCGGAGCUUCAUGGACGCGCCGUCAUCCAUCAUCACGCAAGUGAAUCGGGAUGAAGAGCCGAGCGCUCCUCUGCGGGACAAAGGUGCUCCAGUGCAUGUGACGUCAAACUCAAAGAAGCCCCGCAACCGUGGCUUUUUCCACAGCCUCUUCUGCUGCCUAUGCCAUGAUGAAACCGAUCAGCUGCCUGUCAAUAACAAUGCACCACUCCUGGUGGAAGAGAAUGGAACCAUCUCAAAAGUGCCAGCGAAGCCACUUCUUCCCCAGAUAAAGUCUAAAGAUGUAGGAAAGAUUUGCGUAGUGAUCGAUCUGGAUGAGACGCUAGUGCACAGUUCAUUUAAGCCGGUGAACAAUGCUGAUUUUAUCAUUCCGGUGGAAAUCGAUGGGGCCGUACACCAGGUGUAUGUACUGAAGCGACCUCAUGUUGAUGAGUUUUUAAAGCGGAUGGGCGAAUUGUUUGAGUGUGUCUUGUUCACUGCAAGCUUAGCCAAGUACGCAGAUCCCGUGUCAGACCUGCUGGAUAAGUGGGGUGCCUUCCGCUGCCGUCUCUUUCGAGAAUCCUGCGUGUUUCAUCGUGGAAACUACGUCAAGGACCUGAGCCGCCUGGGCAGGGACCUCAACAAAGUCAUCAUCGUGGAUAACUCACCAGCAUCAUACAUCUUCCACCCAGACAAUGCUGUACCCGUAGCCUCUUGGUUUGACGACAUGUCCGACACAGAGCUGUUGGAUUUGAUUCCGUUCUUCGAGAGACUGAGUAAAGUGGAUGACGUGUACGCUGUGCUCAAACAGCAGAGGACUAGCAGCUAGCGUGAUCGACGGGGCAGCUUUCACCACGGGGCCAGGGAGGCUGGCGGGGUUCUGAGCGCCACUUCCUUGCUACAUGGGAUCUGCCGCCGGCUCGCUCCUCAUCACCUACCCAGAAUUCCAUUCGCAGGAGGUUUGACAGAGAAGCAUAAAGUUGAUGGAAACCUGGUAUGGCUACAACGAUGGAACUGUGAAGGAACUGCUUUAUCUCACACACACACAUGAAAAAAAGAAAUGUAUCAGUUUUUAACACUUGAAUACGUGUUAUUUCUUCUUUUGUAGCUUUUUUUUCCACUCUAAAGGUAAGGUAGAGGGAAGCCAUGUUUAAAAAAAUAUAUAUAUAUUAUUGCUUAUUUUAGAUUAAGAAAUGUUUUUUUUUUUUUUUUUUUCCUCAAGGACAAUACAAUAGCUUAUAAAAUUUCUUUUACUAAAAGAUGGUGCCAACAUUUUAGCAAGUAGCCUCAUGUUUCACAGGUUUGACAUGCUGGAAGUGCAUUUUAGAGCUGUUCGGAGUGGAUGGAUUUUUCUAGGAGGAACUCGGAGAACCAGAAUUUCUCCCCAGGCAUUAAUGAGAGCCAAGGGAACUUAAAGAUUCAUUCCAAAACAGGGUGGGGAAAGAGCCAAACUCUGAGCUGUCACCAUGCAGAUGUGCAUUGUUAAAUAAAAGCAGUUUUAUUGCACAACUAUGAAGCGUUAUACUUUCGUUAUGUCUUAGUUGGUUAUGCGGGUCUAAGAGUUGGUGAGAUGCUCUUGUAGACUGAUCAGAUACCAGUGUCUUUCACUUCUGGUUAGAAAAGAAAGGUCAUGUAGACGACUUAAGUAUGGAAGGAAAAUCUCGUGGAACAAACUCCAAAAAGUUUUGAUUUUAAAGAAAAAAAUAUUUAAUUUUUUAAAUAUAUUUAAGACCUAAAAACUUGGCUCUCUUGCCUGCUUUCAUGAUGAUGAUCUUUGUCAGUAAAUUCCUACUUGGAAUGUGCAGCUUGUAUAAAGUGUGUCUGCUUAUAAGUUAUUAUGCAGGAGUCAAGUGAAACAUGAGCUGAUUUGCCAGAAUGUCAGUGCUGUUCUUUUAAGGCAUUAUUUGCCCUAGUGAGGUUACCUCAAACAUUGGGAAUGCCAAUCAAAAUGCACACUUUGCUUUCUCCCUUUUUUUUUUUUUUCUUUUUUUUUUUUUUUAUAAAACCUGCCCAAAUGUAAACAGUUGUAUCAUGUUUUUCUUUCCCGGGUUUUGAUUGGUGUACGCUGUACAAUCAUGUCCAGAUUUCAGAUUUUAUGGAUGUAUGAAAGGGAAGCAGGAAGGGCACCUUUGGUAAUGAGGGCUCCGAUUUCAGUUUCAGGCUAGUGCAUAAAGGAGCUAAAGCACCUUUAAACAAAGUGACACAGGGCAUGCUUUGAUUUCCCUCACUGAGGCCACGGAUUUGCUGUUGUCAGUCACCCAAGUGCUCUUAAUCAAAUCCAGUUUGUACUGUGCUGAAUCAUUUUAACUCAAUAACAGUAUGCAAUUUGUGCCUUGAUAUUACUCCAAAAAAAACAACGACAAAAAACAAAACAAAAAGGCUAAGCAUUCUUAAACAAAUCCUAUUUGUUACCAGUACAUUUGACAAGCCUUAGAAAGAGCCUUUUAUCGUUAAACCUUAGGAUUUCACACACUUCCCGAAGUGAGAACUCCAACUUGGGGGCCUUAGUGUUGGACAUGCAGCUUUCUCUGCCUAGCAGUGCCAAUGAAUGUGGACAUUUCAAGCUUACAUUAGCACUAUCAGAUGGACUUUUUGGCAAGUGUUGAUGCUGUAACAUUUGGUUCAGAUGAGAUAAUCAAGAGAAGGCAUGAGGACUUUUUUGAUAAUGAUUAUGAUGAUGGUGGUGGUGGUGUUGGUGAUGGUGACAAUGAUGAUGAUUCAGCUGUUUGUAACAUUGGUGUUUUGUCUUUUUUUGUAUUAGAUUUUGUACAGGCAUGAUUAUGGUAGGGCCAUGCUGAUUAUCUCGACUUCUGAUAAUGAGUGUAGUGCUGCACCAAGACUGAGCGAGAAAGAAACUGGCCUAAAGGUUUGAGUCAUGCUUCUUUUUGACAAGCACAAUUUGUUUCUUCUUUUUAAUCUGUAUUUGAACUUGGCCACAUGUUUUCACCUUGUUAUUGAAAAUUGCAUUGGAUGUCCAAAUUACUCUAGAAUUAAUAUAUUUAUGACCUCAGAUUAUACAUUAUACAGGUAGGUACUAACCCUGGAUAAGCUGUAUUUAAAAUUUGAAGAGGACAAAGAAAAGAACACCACACAAACAUUCUAGUGGCUAAGACUCCAGGUGCAGCAUCCUGCUGAUCUGCAUGUUUUUUUUUUUAUUUUAGUUUUUUUAUAAUGUUGUGUUCGUUGUUGAGGAUGUUUAAUUCCUCUCUGAGCACAUAUAGUGUUGAUACCGUGUCAAACCGUAACUGAAUCCCAUAUCUGACGUGGUACAUUCCUAAAGGCCUCAUCAAUCUCAUGGAUCCCUAACACUGGUCUGAACCAGCACUUGUUUAUUUUCCUAUCUUAUAUAACAGAUUUUGUUGGUGUCCACUUUACUUAACAAAUCUAUUGUGGUUAAUGUAAUCAAGCACACAAGCACGUAGCUUGACUAAUUGAUAUCUCAAUAGCAAUCAGUGAUAGUUUUGAGCUCCUGAAAAGAAAAUGUUGAGUAUGUUUGGUGUCUCUCACUCACAGCUUGCACUGACUUCUGGUGCUUUCCAUUUGGUAGACAUUGGUGUUUUUACAUCUUUUAUUUUUUUUAACGAGGUCAAUGUAGCGUUAAUAUAAUAAGCAGUAUCUGCUGAGGUAGCAGUGGCUUUUUCUGACAUGGCAGCACCAGCACUGCUACCCUCUCACAGUAGAACAUGCAGCCAAGUCAUAAUUAGUAGGGGGCAAUGUAUCUGGUCCUGCGUGUAUCCACCCAGCAUGCAUCAGGUGUAUGGUAGCAGGAGGGGUGGUAUAAAAUCUGACCUAUCUAUUGUCUAGAUUGACCCUAUAAAAGUGUAUUGUGUAUCAGCAGUGCUGUUCCAACAUUCUUUAUAAGAUUUACACUUAAGCCAUGUGUUUCAGUAUACAGUGCGACCCCUGAUGCUUUAGAAGAAGUGGCUCCCCCUGGAGUUCAGUUAUAUGCAGUGUUUUAUGACUUUAUCACUACAGGUAUUGAUAUUGUAUGAAUCACUAUGCAAGUAAAACUGAUUUGCAAUCAGUCAUCCACCCAGUCAGUUAGCAGCUGAACCAGUGACGCUUUCCUUUUUGCCCUUUUUUUAAUGUUAAUUUUUUUUUUUUUUUUUUUUUUUUGAAGAAAA